AUGGACGAAAUUAUGAAGAUGGCAACAAAAAUUGUCAAUUCAAUAAGAGCGCGAAGCUUGCAACAACGUCUUUUUAAAGCACAAUUGGAAGCUAGAGACUCUGAGGAACACACUGAUUUACUUCUGUUACUUCCCGAAAUAAUUUCUUUUCUAGAGGAACAAGGGGACGACACUUAUAUACUUCAGAACGAAAAAUGGCUCAGUAACCUAGCUUUCUUAUCAGAUUUAACAAAUCAUUUGAACGUCCUUAAUUUGGAACUACAAGGUAAAAAUAAAACAAUUAUCGAUAUGAUGAGCGCAGUACAUUCUUUUGUCAACAAAUUGAAAUUAUUGAUUAAACAAAUUAACAGAAAGGAUUUAGACAACUUUCCAUCGCUGAAAAAGGGGGUAACCGCCCAUUUGAAUUAUGUUUAUUACGAGACGGAGCUGCAAGUACUUCAAAGUGAGUUUGAAAGACGUUUUGCUGAUUUUAAAAAACUGACAGAUAUUGUAACAUCUAUGUCUAAUCCAUUUUCUUGCGAAGACGUGGAAAAAAUUGCAACUGAAAUAUCCGUUACUUUCAAUAUGGAAAUCAUUUCUGUUCAAAAUGAGGUACUGAAAAUAAUUUCGGAUAUACACCUUACAUCCAGAGCGACUGAUACGAAAUUUUGGUCUUUCAUAUCGUCUGAGAAAUAUUUAUCUUUGAAGCAAGUAGCUCUGCAGCUCACAGCUUCUUUGGAUCAACGUACUUGUGUGAGUCUCUAUUUUCUCAAAUGA